UCGAAAACACUCCCCAAUUGAUCCACAACAAUGUCGCACGAAGGACAAGAAGAAUUGUUGGAUUACUCCGACUCUGAAGAAAUCGCCGUUCCAACCACCACCGAAGUGGCUGGCGCAGAUUCUGCCACUGAUAAGGAAGCUGACAAGAAGGGAUCCUACGUUGGAAUCCAUGCCACCGGGUUCAGAGACUUCUUGUUGAAGCCAGAAUUGUUGAGAGCCAUUGGAGACUGUGGUUUUGAACACCCUUCAGAAGUCCAACAAGUCUGUAUUCCACAAUCCAUUUUGGGUACUGACGUUUUGUGCCAGGCUAAGUCUGGUUUGGGUAAGACGGCCGUGUUCGUCUUGUCUACCUUACAACAGUUAGACCCAGUUCCAGGUGAAAUUUCCACCUUGGUUAUCUGUCACACCAGAGAAUUGGCCUACCAGAUCCGUAACGAAUACGCCAGAUUUUCCAAGUAUAUGCCAGACGUUAAGACCGAGGUCUUUUAUGGUGGUACUCCAAUCAAGAGAGACAUCGAAAAGUUGAAGAGCAAGGAUACAUGUCCUCACAUUGUAGUUGCUACACCAGGUAGAUUACAUGCUUUGGUUAACGAAAAGGCUAUCCGUUUGUCCAACGUCAAGUCUUUUGUUAUCGAUGAAUGUGACAAGGUCUUGGAAUCCAUCGACAUGAGAAGAGACGUCCAGGACAUUUUCCGUGCUACUCCUCACCAGAAGCAAGUGAUGAUGUUCUCGGCUACUUUGUCGCAGGAAAUCCGUCCCGUCUGCAAGAAGUUCAUGCAAAACCCCUUGGAAAUCUACGUCGACGACGAAGCCAAGUUGACUUUGCACGGCUUGCAACAGUACUACAUCAAGUUGGAAGAGAAAGAAAAGAACAGAAAGUUGUCUGACUUGUUGGACUCAUUAGAAUUCAACCAGGUCAUCAUUUUUGUGAAGUCUACUCAGAGAGCCAACGAGUUGAACAAGUUGUUGUGUAGUUGUAACUUCCCAUCUAUUGCUGUCCACUCUGGUUUGCCUCAAGAAGAAAGAAUUGAGAGAUACAGAUCUUUCAAGGAAUUCAACAAGCGUAUCUGUGUUUCCACCGACGUUUUCGGUAGAGGUAUUGAUAUCGAAAGAAUCAACUUGGCCAUCAACUAUGACUUGCCAAACGAAGCCGACCAGUACUUGCACAGAGUAGGUAGAGCCGGUAGAUUUGGUACUAAGGGUUUGGCCAUUUCUUUGGUGGGAUCCAAGGAAGACGAAGAGGUUUUGGAAAAGAUUCAAUCCAGAUUCGAUGUUAAAAUCACCGAGUUCCCAGAAGAAGGUGUUGACCCAUCCACUUACAUGAACACCUAAUCGGGUCAUUAGUGUUUUGUAGUAGGUGCCUUGUAUUAGUACAGUAAGAAUAAAAGUUUGUUCAAG